AUGUCUAAGUGGAACUAUUUGGCUAGUGCUCACAAGUCUAGCGCAGUUGCUACAUCAUUAGUGUGCAAUUUUACGUCUCCUGAAGACAGAAACCUUAUAGUUGCUAAAGGGAAUCGAAUUGAAAUUCACACUUUGACCGAAGAAAACAUAAUCCCAAUUCAAGAAUUCUCCCUGUUUGGAAUUGUUCGGUUUAUCGAGAAACUACAUCCUCAAACUGGUUCAGAUUCUCUAUUAAUUGUUACUGAUCCCUAUAAUCUUAGUCUCGCGGUCUUUGAAAACUCAAAAUUGUGUUUAAAAGAGUCAGUAUCUCUUAAAGAAAAAUUAUCACUAAGACUAGAGUAUUUUCCUUUCGCAACUUUAGAUCCCCACCAGAGAGCUUUCUGCAUGCACAUAUAUAAAGGAUUAAUUCGAAUUAUAGGAAUUAAAUCAAAUUUCACAAUUGGAGUCUCAUUUAACUCAAGAAUUGAGGAGAGCUGGGUAAUUGAUAUGAAAUUUUUAAACAAUUCUCAAGAGUUGCAGCUAGGGAUUCUUUUCAAAAAGGAGUCAGAAUUUAUAUUUAAAGCUUUUCCUGUUAGCUUAGCAGAGAAAAACAUUAGCGAUUAUAUAUGAAGCAUUGCCAUUAGAGAGCCAGUCUGCAAAUUUUUAAAUCUACAGCAUGGAAGCAUUGGGAUUGUUGAUAUGAACUCCAUAAAAAUUUAUAGAGAGCAAGAGAAUGAUCCUUCUAUGUCAGCAAAUGCAGAAUUCGGAAAAGUUAAUGUGGUUCAUAAUAUUGAUAUUUCACGAUGGGUUAUAGGAAAUCAAGACGGAAACCUGUUUAUAGUUUUCUUGAAUCAUGAGCUUAAAGUUGAGUGCCUUGGGCGAUGCUCAAUGGCUAGCAGCAUAUCAUACUUGGACAAUAACUAUCUUUUUAUUGGGUCAUCAUUUGGGGAUUCACAACUAAUUAGAGUUUUAACUGAGCGGCAGGAGAAUUCUUUUCUAUCAGUAGAGCAGAAGUAUCAAAAUAUCGGCCCAAUUUUAGAUUUCAAAGUAAUUGAAGGCGAGCGGAAGGGCCUUUGCAAUAUUAUUUCGUGCUCAGGCUACAAUCUAGAUGGAUCGUUGAGACUGGUUAAUAAAGGGAUUAGUGUGACUGUAGAAAACCAAAUGGAAAUUGGAAAUGUGAUUGGCUUAUUCACAUUGCAGGUAGAAGAUAGCGAUUUUACCCAUAUAGUUCUAAGCUUUAUUGAUGCAACAAGAAUAUUGAAAAUCCAAGAUGAGGCUUUGAAGCCAAUUUCUUACCCAGACAUUGAUUCCAAAAUUUCAUCAAUUUAUGUCGGAAUUACCAAAUUCGGCAUUGUUCAAGUAACAAAAUUUUUUAUUCAGCUUUUAAAUUUCAAGUGGCAAAGUGUUUUUAUUAUCAGAUCUGAGGAAAUAAAAGAAAAUUCAGAAAUUACACUUGCGGAGUCAUCUGGCGAAAAAAUUUGUAUUGUAUUGAAUGGACUUGAGCUGAUAGUAUUUUCAGCUAAUGAAAAUCGCCUAGAAAAACUUAAUAAUCAGACUUUUCAGAAUGAGAUUGCUUGCAUUGGAAUGUCGCAUGACAUGAUUGCUGUUGGGCUAUGAAUAGAAUUAAACAUCAUUGUCAUUGACCCUCAUAGCAUGCAGGAAACUUGGCGUGAUCAUUUAGGGGGUGAAGUUCUCCCUAGAUCUCUUAUGUUUGUGGAGCUUGAAGAUAUAAAAUACUUAUUUGCAGGCUUAGCGGAUGGGCAUUUGCUCACUUAUACACUUCCAAAUUUUACUAAAAGAAGCCAAUUGAUUGGUACUCAGCAAGUGAUUCUUAAAGCCUUUAAAUAUCAAAACAAAGUUUCUGUAUUUGCAGGGUGUGACCAACCAAAAAUAGUGUAUAGCCACCACCAUAGACUGAUUACUUCUACAGUCAACUCAGAUUCAGUUUCUUUUGUUUCACCAUUCGGCACCAAAAAUUUUCCAGACUGCCUAGCUUUAAUAAGUGGACAGUCUUUGAUAAUGAUUUCUAUUGAAGAUUUGCAAAACUUCACUAUAAAAACAUUCCCACAAGGGCUUUCUAUGAGAAGAAUUGGAAUGGUUGAUGAUUAUUUUGUAUGCUUAGCAAGAAACUCAGCUAAUAUUGACAGUCUUAUGCUAUUUUCCAAUACUUUGGUGGCUGAAAAUACGCAUUCAUUUGAGCAUUCUGAAGCUGUGAAUGCUUUAUUGGUCGAUAAAAACAGAAUAAUUGUUGGAACUGGGGUAACUGAUGAUAGAAAUAAUGAUCCAAAAUCUGGUCAUUUAAGAGUUUUUGUCAUUAGGGACAGAGCUUUCCAUGAAGUUUCUCGCUUCAAUGUGCGAGAUGGAGGAGUUUCUUGUAUCGUUUCUAUCGGAAAAAACCGACUUGUAGGAGGAGUGCAUAGCGUGAUUCAUUACUGAGGAAUUGACGAUGAAAACCAAAUCACUUUGAUUGAUGCCAGUCAUAAACUCACCUAUGUUUAUAGCAUGGAUGGGCGCAUGGUUUUUCCUCUGAACUUUUUGGUGGUGAGACAUUUCAUAGAGAAAUUUGGUCGAAUUUUUUUUUAGGUGAGUAUUUGAUCGAAAUUUAACUGUUUUUCCGAGCAAAUAUCUCAAGGAAAAAACUUCCCCUAAAUUUUCAAGAAAAAUGCCUCAUUGCCAAAAAGUCCCAAUCAAGUAAUAUGGAGCCACAUGGACACUUGCCAAAACUUAGUAGCAGUGGCUGAUCUAAUAAAAUCUGUUACCAUUUUUUCAGCAAAUGAUGAAGGACUUACAGUUGUCGCUAAAAACUAUUCAGCAAUGUGGCCAACUUGUAUACAGUUCAUUUGUCAGUCACUAAUUGUAGUUGCUGAUACGUUUGGAAAUUUAUUAUUAUUAGAAGUUCAAAAUAAUAUGAAAUUAAAUCCAAUUGGAGGCAUUCAUAUUGGAGAAACUAUUAAUUGCAUAAGAAAAGGACCGCUUAUCCAAGGAAGGUCUGAUGAAUUUCCUGAUAAUGUGGAAAGCCUAUUAUUUGCUACCGCAAAAGGAAACUUAGGCGUUAUCGCUUCUUUGCCUCUUGAUAUAUAUACAAUCUUAAACCUCGUCCAAGAAGAACUAACUUCCAAAAUCUCUCAAAUCGGAAAUAUGAGUCUUAAAAAUUAUAGAUCGCCUGACUUAGAAAAGCAAAAAAUUAAUUUUGAUUUCUUUUUAGAUGGAGAUUUUAUUGAAGCAUUUCUAGACAUUUCACCUGAAGAGCAGUUAUCAAUUAGUACUGAAGUUGGACUGAAGCUUGGAAAAGAUUUAAAUGUGCAGGAUCUUCAAAAACUUAUUCUUUCGUUAUCAAAGGUUCAUUAA